AUUUGUAACAACCACGCUCCAAAAAAUGCAUGGGAUCGGACUUUAUUAACACCCUUUAUAAUAUUUCUGGGAAACAUAUUUAUUAACCUACAGAACACCUAGGGAUGAAUAUUACACUGAGGAUCGUGUAUCUUGCCGUUGCGCUUGGGGUAUGGAUUCAAGUGGGCGAAUGUCAUCGUCGAUGGCGCCGACAAGGUGGAAAUUUCAAAUGCGUCGCGCCAGGCACUUACCCACACCCAUCGUCGACUAAGUACAUAAGAUGCAUUCGAAUCCGAGGAAGAUUAUACCAAUACAUUUUCACAUGUCCAAAACCUUCACGAUUCAACUCGGCAAUCUCAAAAUGUGUUUUGGAUGAUACAAUCACAGAUGCUCCCACUACGGUCGAUCCUCCAGCAACCACGACGUCGGUUCCUGUAACAACUCCACCCAUAAUAACUACAAGUUCGACGACCAGCUUCUCAACCUCGUCGACUGGACCAACUCCAUCAACGGGAAACCCGACCCCAUCAACGGGCAACCCAACUCCUUCCACUGAUGAGCCCUCGCCCUCGACUGAUGGACCAUCGCCGUCGACUGACGGACCAUCGCCGUCAACUGACGGACCAUCGCCGUCAACUGACGGACCAUCGCCGUCGACUGACGGACCAUCGCCGUCGACUGACGGACCAUCGCCGUCGACUGACGGACCAUCGCCGUCGACUGACGGACCAUCGCCGUCGACUGAUGGACCAUCGCCGUCAACUGACGGACCAUCGCCGUCGACUGACGGACCAUCGCCGUCGACUGACGGACCAUCGCCGUCAACUGACGGACCAUCGCCGUCGACUGACGGACCAUCGCCGUCAACUGACGGACCAUCAUCCUCCACUGACGGACCAUCUCCGUCGACUGAUGAACCAUCGCCGUCGACUGAUGGACCAUCCCCUUCGACUGACGGAACAUCGCCAUCGACUGACGAGCCAUCGCCAUCGACCGACGAGCCGUCGCCAUCGACUGACGAGCCAUCGCCAUCCACUGACGAGCCAUCACCAUCAAGUGACGAGCCAUCGCCAUCGACUGACGAGCCAUCGCCUUCAACUGGCGAGCCAUCGCCAUCGACUGACGAGUCAUCGCCAUCGACUGACGAGUCAUCGCCAUCGACUGACGAGCCAUCGCCAUCAACUGACGAGCCAUCGCCUUCAACUGGCGAGCCAUCGCCAUCGACUGACGAGUCAUCGCCAUCGACUGACGAGUCAUCGCCAUCGACUGACGAGCCAUCGCCAUCGACUGACGAGCCAUCGCCAUCAACUGACGAGCCAUCGCCUUCAACUGGCGAGCCAUCGCCAUCGACUGACGAGCCAUCGCCAUCAACUGACGAGUCAUCGCCAUCGACUGACGAGCCAUCGCCAUCGACUGACGAGCCAUCGCCAUCAACUGACGAGCUAUCGCCAUCAACUGACGAGCCGUCGCCAUCGACUGACGAGCCAUCGCCAUCCACUGACGAGCCAUCACCAUCAACUGACGAGCCAUCGCCAUCGACUGACGAGCCAUCGCCAUCGACUGACGAGCCAUCGCCAUCAACUGACGAGUCAUCGCCAUCGACUGACGAGUCGUCGCCGUCGACUGACGAGUCGUCGCCUUCGACUGACGAACCGUCGCCUUCAACUGACGAGUCACCGUCGACGGACGAGCCGUCACCGUCGACGGACGAGCCAUCGCCAUCAACUGACGAGCCGUCGCCUUCAACUGAAGAACCAUCGCCCUCGACCGACGAACCGUCGCCUUCGACUGACGAACCGUCGCCUUCGACUGACGAACCGUCGCCUUCGACUGACGAACCGUCGCCUUCGACUGACGAACCGUCGCCUUCGACUGACGAACCGUCGCCUUCGACUGACGAACCGUCGCCUUCGACUGACGAACCGUCGCCUCCGACUGACGAACCGUCGCCUUCGACUGACGAACCGUCGCCUUCGACUGACGAAACGUCGCCUUCGACUGACGAAACGUCGCCUUCGACUGACGAAACGUCGCCUUCGACUGACGAAACGUCGCCUUCGACUGACGAACCGUCGCCUUCGACUGACGAACCGUCGCCUUCGACUGACGAACCGUCGCCUUCGACUGUCGAACCGUCGCCUUCGACUGACGAACCUUCGACUGACGAACCGUCACCUUCAACUGAUGAGCCAUCGCCCUCAACGGAUGAGUCGUCGCCGUCGACUGACGAACCGUCGCCUUCGACUGACGAACCGUCGCCUUCGACUGACGAGCCAUCGCCUUCAACUGGCGAGCCAUCGCCAUCGACUGACGAGCCAUCGCCAUCAACUGACGAGUCAUCGCCAUCGACUGACGAGCCAUCGCCAUCGACUGACGAGCCAUCGCCAUCAACUGACGAGCUAUCGCCAUCAACUGACGAGCCGUCGCCAUCGACUGACGAGCCAUCGCCAUCCACUGACGAGCCAUCACCAUCAACUGACGAGCCAUCGCCAUCGACUGACGAGCCAUCGCCAUCGACUGACGAGCCAUCGCCAUCAACUGACGAGUCAUCGCCAUCGACUGACGAGUCGUCGCCGUCGACUGACGAGUCGUCGCCUUCGACUGACGAACCGUCGCCUUCAACUGACGAGUCACCGUCGACGGACGAGCCGUCACCGUCGACGGACGAGCCAUCGCCAUCAACUGACGAGCCGUCGCCUUCAACUGAAGAACCAUCGCCCUCGACCGACGAACCGUCGCCUUCGACUGACGAACCGUCGCCUUCGACUGACGAACCGUCGCCUUCGACUGACGAACCGUCGCCUUCGACUGACGAACCGUCGCCUUCGACUGACGAACCGUCGCCUUCGACUGACGAACCGUCGCCUUCGACUGACGAACCGUCGCCUCCGACUGACGAACCGUCGCCUUCGACUGACGAACCGUCGCCUUCGACUGACGAAACGUCGCCUUCGACUGACGAAACGUCGCCUUCGACUGACGAAACGUCGCCUUCGACUGACGAAACGUCGCCUUCGACUGACGAACCGUCGCCUUCGACUGACGAACCGUCGCCUUCGACUGACGAACCGUCGCCUUCGACUGUCGAACCGUCGCCUUCGACUGACGAACCUUCGACUGACGAACCGUCACCUUCAACUGAUGAGCCAUCGCCCUCAACGGAUGAGUCGUCGCCGUCGACUGACGAACCGUCGCCUUCGACUGACGAACCGUCGCCUUCGACUGACGAACCGUCGCCUUCGACUGACGAACCUUCGACUGACGAACCGUCGCCCUCGACUGACGAGCCGUCACCGUCGACUGACGAACCUUCGACUGAUGCCCCCCCUUCGACUUGAUCCAUUAUUUACUACGUAUAUAUGUACAUAUUUACAAUACACAUAUACUUCCUGCAGUUUGUAUUAAAUUUAGUGUAUUUUUAAAA